UUUUUGAGGUUUACGAUAUUUGCAUUUAAAUUGGGGCAAUCACUACUAACCGCGGUAGUGCGAUCUGAGUAGGGGUACAAACUAUGUCAGGGGUCAUCUCUGUAAUGCAGAUCCGAGACGAACGAUUUUAACAAACUGUUUGUAAACAUAUUAUUAGACGUCUCAAAUGGCUCGAGGGUCUCUAAUUUUCAAAAUAACUGUGAUAUUUAGUUUUCUAGUGACAAAGUGCUACAACUUAAAACAUGAAGAAGUUGCAUCAAACUCAGUGAACGGCAAUGCUCAUAUUAGCGCAUCUUGUUUUCAAAUUUCAGGACCUAAAAUGGUCGCAAUUAUCAACCCAACUCAUUUUAAAUGCUACCUAAUAGAAAAAAAUAGAUUUUCACCAACUCAAUUGUCACAUAUUACAUCCGCAAGUCAAAAAUUACACAAAAAGAAACUCUUCAAAAAAUCAAAAACGAAGUUAACAACGGAUGAGUUGAAGUCUCUAGCGGGUCAUAAGAUAUUCAAAUCCUGUAAAUCGUAUGAUUCUUAUCUACUACAAGUUGUGCCAAAAUUUGUGGAUCACUCGUUCAAACAAAGAACUAGAUACAGGCGUUCCAAUUCAAAUUACUUCGGAAGAGUUCGAGGACAAACGCAAUCUCAAUAUUUAAGUUUUGGAAACGAAAAUACACCCGGAAAAGCAGAGGCAGAAGCCACACAUGGGACUUCAAAAGCAGUAGUUUCUGGAAGUAAUGGUAUAGGGUCUGCACAAAGUCAAACUAAUUCAGGAGAUUGCGGGGAUUGCCUGUACGGAAAGGAUUCAUCUGUUCAGUCUCUUUAUUACGGAAGAGGGCCAGAUAGAGGAACGGGUGGUAGUCCCUAUGGUCCAACAUACACUGGUGCUGAAAUUCCACAGAGCCAAAGACAAAGGCCCGGUACAACGGAUUUACAAACAGUAUCAGGGACAUUUCCUUCUGGUUCUCGUCCUUCAGCACAAGAUCAAACAUUUGGUCAACCGCAAGCACCAUAUCCAACUGGACAUCCUUCUCCAGGACAGCAAACUGGACAAUCUUAUCCUUCACAACAAAUACCGUAUCCAUCUGGAUACCCUACACAAGGACAAAUUGGUGUGCCGCACCCAAAUCAACAACAAAUUGCUGGUCUUCCACAAGGAUCUGUUCCACCAGAAUUGCCAUCACGAAGUCAGAUUCCUGGUAUGCUGCAGGCGCCUGUUCCGACAGGGCUAUCAUCACAAGGACAAGUUCCUGGCCAAUCACAGGUACCAUACCAAGCCAAGGUACCUACUGGAGGUCAAAUUGCAGGACAAUAUCCAGGUCAAACUCAAGUAGCACUUCCUGAGUCUGGAUCACCUCAAGACCAAUUUUCCAGUCAACCGCAAUCACAAUAUCAACCAGGUCAGUCAACUGGACAAUAUCCUAGUCAAGCGUCUAUACCCUAUCAACCAGGAAGAACCGUAACUUAUGAACCCAGCCGUAUAGAAAGACCUCGUGAAGGGUCUUCUGGCCAGAGACUUCCGUCUGAUAAUUAUCCUUAUUCAGCAACAGGCCAAAGAUACGAUGUUCCUCCUCAAAUACCCGGACAAUAUACACCUUUGACACAAGAUAUUGCCCAACAAUACGGACCUCAGCGAGCCCAUGUGCCCGUACAACAACAAGUAUCCACUACAGGGGAUACUGGUAAUGGAAGAGGUGCAUGGCAAGGACAAUCAGGUCAAUUUGGUGGACAAAUUUCUGGAACAUACCACCCCGGUCAGGCAUCGGGACAAUUCAGUGGAGUUUUCAGUGGAAAAUAUUCUCACGAUCAGUACGGUUAUUCACCUCCAAAUGUUUAUGGAAGCACAAUAGGCGGCUAUCCUGGUGUACAUACCUACACGCCAGGUAACUCAGGAGCUCAAGCUGGUGGACAAACUGAGCAAGGGCAAAUACCAUCAAAUAUUAGAGUAUCAGGAAAUUCACCAAGCCAGCAAGGGCCUUUUUCUGGACAAACAGGGAUUCUAUACCAACAAUUAGGAACUCCGGCAAAUCAAUUAAGUCAGAUCAGCCCUACUGGACAAGGAAACGUUCCAUCGGGUGCGUCCGGAAUCCCAGCAGGACAGGGAGGAUAUCCUACACAGCAAUCAGGACAAACUAGCGUCCCUUCAGGGCAAAUAGGACAAACUGGAACCACUGCAGGACAAGUAGGUUAUCCUACCGGAACCCAAACCGGUUUUCUUCCAGCUGUAUCUGCCGGCUAUCCCGGAAGUCAGACGGGGUAUCCUACAGGAAGUUUACCAGGUUAUUCCACACAACAAGCAGUUGUUCCAACAGGAGGACAAAUUUCCUACCCCCAGGGUGGUCUAUCUGGUUUUUCUACAGGCGGACAAUCAGGCUAUCCUUCAAGAGAACAAUCAAGCCUCCCUCCAGGAGGACAAACAGGCUAUCCUACAGGAGGACAAAUAAACUACCCUACAGGUGCACAAACAGGUUACCCUACAGGAGAAACCAUUGGACAAGUAAGCUACCCUACAGGAGCUACAGGACAAGUAAGUUACCCUACAGGAGCUACAGGGCAAGUAGGUUAUCCUACAGGAGGGACAAAUGGGCAAAUAGGCUAUCCAGGUCAAAUAAUUGGUUCAUCGGGACAGAUCGGAUAUCCUUCAGCAGGACAGACAGGUCAGAUAACUGGAACAGGACAAGGUUGGCAAGGGAGUAGUUACCCUCAAGGAACAGCAGGGCUACCUUCACAUGCAGGACAGCAACUUACAGGUGGUACAGGAGUAAGUCAAUUUGGGCAAGUACCUUCAGAAUUAACUGCACCACAAGAUAAAGACGAAAAGGACGCUGAUUCACAAGCUCAGGCUGAGGUUCAACACGCAAAUGAAACAACAGAAGCAAAAGCUCAAGCACAAGGAUUUUACGCUGGCGGUACAGCACAGUCACAAGUUUCAGGAAGUUAUAGUGGAUCAGGAUCUUUUAAUGCUUUAGCAGGAACAAUCGACGGAAAAAGAGGUGCGCAAACACAAGUGGCUGGAGGAAAAGAAGGCGCAACAAGUAAUGCUCAGGGAACGGGUGGAGCUGGCUUAUCACAAGCUCAGGUACAACUUGCUUCAGAAACGGGAGAUACAACUUCAAAUGCUCAAAGCAGCGGCUUGUACCAUGGUACCAACACACAAGUACAAGCAGGUUCAAAAGGCGGUCUCGCUGAUGCACAAGCUACAGGCCCAGGAAGUACUUCCUCUCAAGCUCAAAUAGGAUUCACCCCCCAUAACGAAGAACACGAUAACGAUACUCAGAAUACCCCGUUUAAGGGAGGGGGAACAGCGAGUGCGCAAAGUGGAAGUUACGCUGGUCAAACCCAAAGUCAACUUCAGGGGAAAUUUCGAUUUGGGGUAAGAUAUACGGGAGCUGCUCAAGCAGGAUCGGGAAGUAAAGAUACUGUUAAUUCUGCUAGGAAUCAAACCAGACCGCCAGGUCUGUCUGGUCUAUUUUCCCCGUUUAAACCUAUUACUUACUCGUCAGGAAAUUCUCCCAACGAUGGUAAAUCACAACAGCAGGAAGGAAAUACAUCAAAAAAUAAAUUUACAGCGAGUACGGCAAACGAAGAAAAAGUAAUGCAGAGAAGAAUCUCUAAAGUCCAUAAACAGUACGAGUCAUCACCAACUACCAGUACAACAUCAGCAACAAUCAGUGAAACAAUCGCAACUACUCUUAAUCCAUUGCUCGUUUAUAAUACUGUUAAAGCUGAUGACUACAAUGACGAAGAUUAUGAAGAUUACGAUGGCGAAGUGCAAGAUACUUCACAUUCUGGGGCAGUUAUAAGUCAAAACGGUAGAACACAAAGGCAAAACAUUAUUUUAGAUCCGCUCGAAGAUUUAGAUGCCAACGUUAUCCAAAGUAAAGGUGAUCCUGAUUUAGCGGAUGGAACUGUUCUGCAACCUGGUCAAGACAUACCAGGAAGCUACGGAUAUAGAAUACCUACAGGAUUUAGAGGAAGGGUCACAUCUGUAGCAAAUAAUUCAAAUGCUUUUGCUUUGGGACACAAUUCUCAAGCCCAGAGUGUAUCUUUAAAACCGGGAACGGGAAAAAUAGUUUACAGACCACCAACAUACGCAAUUGGUUUUAACACCCAACUUAGAAAUGGAGGAAGAUUGGGAAUUGGAAGCGGUUAUACAUAUCAGCCAGUUAGUUAUCAAUUAAAAAGCGCAGAUAGCCCUUCAAAAUUUGUUUCAGUGACCAAAUCUGAAAGUGGUUCUAAAGAUAUAAGGACAGGAGCAAAAAAGCCUUCAAUAUUUUACACACAAUCUUCAACAUGCGGAUUUUUUACUAAUACAUGUGUAAUUAAAGGUAAUAGAAAAAUUUGUAUUCCCAAACCGAAAAUUAACCCAGAUGGAUCACUUGCUAUCUGUUAGCAUAUGGAGAUACAUAUUUUUAAGUAUUUUAUAAUCUAAUACAAUACGCGUGCCUAUUAAUAAAUCCAUUUAUGUACUUUUAUUUUUAAUUUUUGAAAAAAUCAAAUAAUCAAAUCAUAUUUAUGUACCUAUUUGCUGUAAUUCUAAAAAGUAGUUGAUUUUACAGUUUACAAUACAUUUAAAACUUUAUGAGCAUUAAAACUUAGCAAGUUAACGUACGAAGAUUAACGAAGUCUUAAAUAAAAUAGUAAUCAUGAAUAUUUAAGAAAUUAUCAACAAAAAUUAAUUAUAUGCUGAAAUUUUACUUGUAAACCAAAUUUUUUCCUCUUUGUAAUACAUGCAAGCAAUUCCUGUACAAAUGAAUGGGAAAUUCUUUUUUA